AAAGCCUUUGAUACUGUUGAUCAGCAAAUUCUGCUGAACAAAUUAGAGCUCUAUGGAAUAAAAGAACAAGCUCUAACUUUGCUCAAAUCCUAUCUCACAAACAGAAACCAGAAGUGCCAAAUAAAAAACUCAUUUUCAUCUGAGCGCUUGAUUAAAUGUGGUGUACCACAAGGCUCUAUAUUAGGGCCAUUAUUCUUUUUGUUGUACAUCAAUGAUUUGCCACAUUGUCUAAACAAAACAAAACCGCGGUUGUUUGCUGAUGACACAAAUUUGACUGCUUCAGCAAAUUCUAUGACUGACCUAGAGACUGCAGUAAAUUCUGAUUUAGAGAACCUUAGAAAAUGGUUAAUAGCCAAUAAACUUAGCCUCAAUGUAGCUAAGACAGAGUUUAUGUUGAUUGGCUCUAAACCUAUGAUCAAAAAUAUUUCUGAUUCCUGCCCAAAUGUUUACAUUGAAAAUAUACAAAUUAAACAAGUUCAUGAAUGCAAAACUCUAGGAGUAACAAUUGACCAGCAUUUAUCUUGGAAAAUUAAUACCGAAAAUAUAUUUGCAAAAAAGUUACAGCAGGAAUCUGUGCUAUUCGUCGGAUCAAACCAUUUGUUGAUCAAGAUACACUUAUUUUGA